AUGGAAGAAGAGACCAAAUCAAAAGCCAAAUGUAGUACAAAGGUCUCCAAAAAAGACUCGUUGGUAAUCUUUGGCUUGUCACUAGUUCUCUUUGCGUUGCUGAUUGUGAGGGUAGAAUUUGUAAAUAGGAGGGCUGAGGUGAUGGAAGCAAAACUUGAAGAACGCAUUCAGCGAAUCGAGGACGAAAUGCAAGGGAAAGUACAUAGUAUUCUUAAAGACAUUUUACAGACAGAGCGAAACCCUACGAAACGAAGCUCAAGAAGUUCUGCAAAAAUGGGUAAGUCUUAAACAACUGUUUUUGAAUACACAGGACACAGCAAUUGCACUGAAGAACACUUCAUUAAACAGGGGCACCCAACAACAGAAUGCUUUUUAAUACAUAAGACGGGGUCUCCAAUGGUUUCACCAUAAUUUUGGAGCUAAUUUAAGUUAAGUUAAUUUGGAGCUGCCCUACGAACUAUUUAUCUUUUUGGAUGUCUUUGGGGAACUUUCGUUGUCUCGGAAGUUCUAGGUGGCUUUUUAGCUCAUGGAUGAUGUAUUCAUGCCAUGGGCUUUUGGAGGCACUCGAUCACUCACUCACUCACUCACUCACUCACUCGAUUCUCAUUAAUUUAGUCAUUAAAGUCGGAUUAAACACUUUACUUUUAUCUCCCUUACUUAGUAUUACUUUUGUUCCAAGUGCCUUUUACGUAUAUGUUUGGCAUAUUCUAGAGGGUACUAGUAAUCUAGUAAGGCGUACAUUUUUUUCCGACACAUCAUAGAAGAUGGGUUUUGUGAAAUGGAAAUAUUCUAAAGAACACUGACAAUAUCAUCGGCGAGAAAUGGACUUGGAGUUGUUAAAAGGACGUUGAAAUAAUUGAGCGGGGAUCAUUGUUGUAUAUUUGGACGAACUGUGCUCGGAGUGUGAAAAAGCUAUUGCAGCCUGACGAUGGGAUUUCGCUAAACGAAAAGCGAAUAAUAAGCCAAAGAGCCUUAGCUGCCGAAAAACGGCCCUCGAUUAAAGUAACCUUGAGGAGUUUCUAUUGUGGUUUAUUAUUAUUUGGACAAUUUUGCUUGUAAAAAGGUGAUUCCAUUUAUCAGCGCCAUUAAUGUAAUUUCUACGGGAAAUGCUACGCUGGAAUGAACAAGUUUUUAGAAUACUCAAGUACUGAAGGGCAAUAGGAUACUUCGACUGCGUUAAAUUACUUAGCUAAGUCAGAGCACGUACAGCCGCGAGCUCAGUCCGUUUAUCAAAAUAAUGUUUAGCUAGUGUUUAUAGCAAAAGCGCUUCUAAAGCAGUUUAAUUUAGCCGUAAACGCCUGUUUUCUGUAUUUGAAUUUAAUAGCUCGUAGUACAUAUACUAAACGUUACGUACUCUUUGUGAACAGCAUAUGGAAACAUUUAUUUGAAAGCACUUAUAGUAGACUGUUCACAGUCCUCUAUUUUUCCGUAAGAUCGUCGAGAUCGAACGCUUUGCGUGACGGGCUGCCAUCUUGCAUGAGUGUCAAAACUACGUAGGGGGCGGGGGCGGUUUGGGAGGAAGCGAGAAAAAUAGACGGACUGUAAUAACAGAGAGAUUAAGAUUCACGUUUACGCCAAACGGCAAACGUGAAUUUGUACCACGUGACCAAGUUUUCCCCUUGUUUUUCGUCUACUGUUUAUUGCUUCUACACAAAAAUAAGUAGUUUUAUGCCAGUUUUGUCCACAAGAAUCGUUCUGGACUGUUUUUAUCUGCUUAUUUUCUAUUCUGAGAAAUUUUCAACUGACGUUUGCCGUUUGCCGUAUGCCGUAAACGUGAAUCUUAAUCUCUCUAACAUCACUGCAGCUCGCGUUCAGGAGGCGUGAGAGGAAUUUCACGCCUUUUACCAUUCAUUAAUUAAGAAACUCCGCUGGUGAUGAAAAACAUGCCAGACACAUUUAGCAUCGAUUACGCGCUUGUUUUUCGAAACAGUGAUUUUAUACUGUUUCUGGGCCAUUCCUCGAAAUAAAAUCGGCAAACAUGCACAAGAAAAACAUUUUCCUAACCAAAAUACCAAAAAUCCUUCGUGUGUUUGCGCAAGAUGUGCCUUAUGGUAUGAAAGCGUACGUUUUAUGGAAACGUCGACUUGUCAACGACUUGUCAAUGUCGGCAACUUAGAUUAAACCCGUUGUCAACGCAAAUUAACAUCUAUUGUAUAAUGACCAAUCAAACGCAUGCGUUGCUGGUACAACGCGCUCCGUGAACGCGAGCUGCAGUUAUAUUAUUACAGUCCCUCUAUUUUUCUCGCCUCUCCCCUCCCCCCCUUCCCCCCCCGUCAGAGCUAUAAUCCCCGACGCCUGCCCCCUCGGUACCUUUGAAAAUCAAGAUACCUGUGACGGUAAGACGUGGUAUAUCUAAACGAUCUCACGAAAAAAUAGGGGACUGUGAACAGUCUACACUUAUAGGAAACCCUCGAGGUCCAUUAAAAUAAUUGCUUAAAACCACGAAUUAAAUAAACCUCGGCCCUAUGUAAAACUUAGGUAUUUUACAAGAAAGUAUACUAUCGUUCAGAAAGUGUUUUACGAUCACAUGAGAAAGCAAUUUAUUUUACAACUAACAAGCGUUAAAUUAAUAAGUUUAAAGUGAUCCUUGGGUUAAGCAGAAAUGCUACGCUGAUAACAAGUUUCUAGAAUAUUCAGGUGAACAUGCAAUCGGAUACUUCGACUGUGUCGGGUUUGAAUUCCUAAGGUUAGAACAGCUUCGGGCAAGGAAGGGAAGCUCCCUAGUCGUUGGUGGAAAGCGUGGGUGCUAUAGAGAUGCCAAAAAGUUAACGAAGAAACGCUGACGAAAUGCGUAACACUAUAUGCCAAAAGCAGAUGCCAAAAACCAAAUGCUAAAUACUGUAUGCCAAAAAUAAAACCUGCCAAAAAUCAAAUGUUAAACAAAUGUAAACGUGAUCUAUCAAGUAUAUCAGCACACAGGAAGUCAUGAAAUAUAUAUAUAAAAAAAAACGAAGGAGAAAAGUGAAUACAGUUACGGUGCCCAAACUGUUUAAAACACCUAAAUUUCAAAAUAGAAUGUUUUUUCUACACUAAUUCAAUUCGAUCAUCCAUGAGCUCACUCCUAGGAGCCUUUGAUUCGUCUUAUCAGAAAUUGUAGCUUUAACUCUGAUGGGUCCGGUCGGAAGUUUGAGGAUAUGGAGAAGCCUUCAUUAGCAGAUUCUAGGGGACGUUUUGUCUUCAUACCGAAAUUUUCGUCAGACCUCUUUUAACAAUGAUCGCCAUAUUCUGGAAAUAAAAUGUGAAAAACUUAAUCUGCAAAAAUCGUAGGUAAGGUACUAGUAGAAAAACGUUCCGAAUAUGUUAAACGGGUGGAACGGUUAUCCAGAAGUUGUUAACCUUUUUCAAGCUUUAGAAAUUUGUUCGCAUCAUUUAUUCCUUCGAACAGUUAUUUUACGUUCAGAAUAAAGUCGUUGGGCCUCCUGACUUGAAGAUCAAGAAAGUUUGAAUUCGAAUGUCAUUUCAUUAUGAUCUCUAAUGUAUACAAAUACUUCGGUUCGUGCAAAGAUCACUUCAAUCCAUUUAUGGCGAAUUAACUCUCGUGUUUGUAUCAGUAUACAAUAACCACGCAUGCUUCUAGAUGUAUGGCGGCUGGCUUAAGCUGGGUUAGGAUAGGUUUUAAAUGGAACAUUUCUCCUGAAGUUUUCAACUUGGAGUAUGAUACGAUCACUAACCGGUAUUUUUUCUAAAAGGAUUACGUUUUUAUGCAUGCCGUUGAAUUGAAAACUAAUAUUUCCUGUCUCUGGUUUUAUGUGCCCACCCCGUUUAUUCCAAUUUUGAGCCAUGUUAGUUCUGUUUUAUUGAUAAUUAUAGCGUAAAACCUAAAUAUAUGUGACCUGUUUGAUAAAUAAGUGGCUAAUUACUCAAGUCAAGGUGCAGCAAAAUUCAGGACAACGCAACAACCCCCCCCCCCCCCACUGCUGUUUACAGACUAAUAAUAAUAUAUAACAUAUUUUUAUUAUCAACAGAGUUUCAAGAAACCCUAGAAAGCGUGUCAAGACAGCAUCCACGAGAAAGACGAAAUAUAGCCCCGACACCUGUUGUAUUAUCUUUACAGCAAAUCCGCCAGGAAAUCGACAAGAAAUUUACACAAGCGUGCACCACAGAUGAUAAGCUCUGUCAAAGAGGUCAAGAGGGACCUAAGGGAGAAAAAGGUGCCCCUGGGUACCCCGGAUACAAGGGAGAAAAAGGAGCCCCUGGGAAAACUGGCCCCCGUGGUAUUUUGGGCCCUAAAGGAACUAAAGGCGUUAGAGGAACACAAGGGCCUACGGGAGCGCAAGGAUUCAAGGGAGUAAAAGGUGAAGUGGGAGGAAUAGGCUCUCAGGGGGUAAAAGGAGACACUGGACUUAUGGGCCCACCAGGUUUCAAAGGAUCCACUGGAAUAAAAGGAAGCAAAGGAAACAGGGGCUUUACUGGUAUUCAAGGACCAAAAGGCGAAUGUGUUGUUCCUCCCAAAAUAUUUGUUUCUCCAGAAUCUCAGUAUGUGUUUCUGAACAAACCGGCAACUUUUUAUUGUUGGGUUCAAGGUCAUUUGUCUCAGAAAAUAACCUGGCGUAAGCUGGAAGGUAAUUCGCACCGUGACAUAAGUACAACAAAUGGUAUUCUUCAUAUCAAUAAUGUCCAAAGAUCACACACUGGAUCAUACUUAUGUACAGUCGUAACUAGUUAUGGAACAUUCCGAGCAGUGACCAUUCUAGGAGUAAAAGGUAAGACACUUUAAAGUAGUUUUGUCCUUUUUUUCUUUCUUUCUUUUUGUUCUCAUGCCACUUUUACUUUUUGUGAUUGCUUUUUAUGGUAUUAAAUUCGUUGUUGUUCAACAAUGAAAAUUAUAAAUGGCUUGUUCUCUUUCACAUGAAUGCAUAAGCUCAAUUUUGUGUAAUAUACAUGUCCUGCCAAAAGCGAUUUCCUGUACAAAGCCAAGUCGCCUUUUUUAAAACAAAUUUUUGAAUUAUUUUCAGCUGACGAUUUUGAUACGUGAUACAUGAUUGCGUGUAUGAGAAUUUAAAAAAUAUAUAUUUUGGCGUCUUUUAAUAUGGAGCAAUCAGUGUAUCGUAAUUAGUAUGCUACCAAGUAAUAAAGCCUAUGGGCUAUAUUCGUGUCCUAUUGAACUUCUUAAAAUGGUUACAUAUAUUUUAAGUCAGAACCUUUAGCAAAUACUUUUAACCAAUCUAUCUCAUAUGGGAUUAAUCCAAAAAAACUAAAACUUGCUAAAAUAAUUCCAGCUUAUAAAGGAGAUGACGCAACAGAGGCGGGAAACUAUUGCCCAAUCUCACUUCUUUCUGUUUAAAAUAGAAUUUUUGAAAAAAUUAAGUGAAUUUAUCGACGAAUAUGGUAUCCUAUUUACUUCGCAAUACGGGUUUUGAACAAACAUAAUACCCAACCUGUACCCAACACGCAAUACUUGAUACCAUUAGCACCAUACAAUGUAACAUGAACCAAGGGAAUAAAUCGUACGGAAUCCUUAUAGGUCUUAAAAGCGUUUAAAACAGGGAAUCAUAGUAGGCUUUUAUCUCAGCUCUAUAAUUAUGGUAUCAAGGGUGUCGUGCACGACUGGUUUAAAUCAUGCCUAGCAAACCGUAAACAAAGGAUCAUCAAGUCCGGUUGCAACAUUUGAUGGGACUGAUUUGAUGACUUCUAAAACUUCGCGUUAUGAAAUUGUAGGUAUGCUGAAUUCAGAGGAGUUGCCAGCUUAGGUACGAUUUACGAAAUCUAUCAAACUGGUUAGAUCCUGUUCAGUAUUGAUGGUGUUAUGAAUACUGUUAUCAGCAAUAGACAUGAAUAGAGAUAUUAAUAAUGCUCAUUGAAUAUGCUGGUUUUUUCUUCUGGGGUAGAAUAUAGCUGGUUCCGUCUUUGGUUACAGAUCUCGUCUGGAUGGUCUCACUUCGCAUCAGCAUUGUUUCCAUUUGAUUGUCCCGCAUCACCUGAAACAUUUUGAGACGACUCGGACAGCAAAAUUCCGAGCUGAUGUUGUUGUCUUGCAGUGAUGGCAAAGAAAUGCAUUAAAAUUUACUGCACAUGCACGCAGUACUGUUGUUGUUUUGCUUUUGUUUUUAACGCCUUUUUCGUUGCCACUAUUCGCUCAGAACGUCAUUGAUACCAAACCUUAAUGAACUGAAUCCUAACAUACUAGAAAUCCAGCUUUGGUCUAUUAUGAGCCCGCUGAAAAGGAACCUUACUUUUCUUUUGCUUAUCACAGAAAUGAUUGAUCUAACUUGCCACAAAUUUUCCUACAGCAUCUCCGAUAUUAACAAGAAAGCCUUCGCAUCGCGUGUAUGCAGACGGAGGAUCCACCGUAAAGCUCUGUUGUGAAGCAGACGGUCACGUGGUGUGGUCAAGAUCAGGAGCAACUCUUAAAUCGCUUCUACAUUUCAUUCAGAAGGAUGGAUGCCUUACCAUAAGAAACGUGAAUAGAGAGAGGGCUGGAGAAUACACUUGUCGUGCAACCAACCAGUUUGGAAAAUCGGAGGCAACAUCUGAAGUAAUUUUGACAGGUGAAGUAAUUCUUUACGUUUCUCAUUUUCGUUGAUAUAUAUAUUUUUUAUUUAUUUAUUUAUUUGUUAGUCACUCACACAACAUAAAUUUACAUUAAACGCAUUGAACCAAAUUUAUGCAUUACAUUGUGAAUUAAUGAGACAAGGAAGCCUAACGAAGCUGAGACUACAUAUUUUAGCUUGAUUACUAAUCACCAGCUUGAGUACAGAGUGUACAGAAGAUCAUGUCAAACUUAAGCGACACCUCCCAAGUUGAACAGAAAAAUCGCUUAAGGAUUUUUUUUCUCUUGACUUGGGAGGUGCCCGGCAUGGAACUUCAGGUCCCGUUCGCACCUCACCUUUUGGUCUCCCUCUUUUCUUUUCUCUUUUUUUUCGUUUAUAUCAUUUAUUAGAGAGAGAUUUACACCAAUAAAGCUAAUAAAAUGAAAUAAAAAUAUUAAAUAGAAUAAAACGACUAUCAAUAAGAUAAUUUAUUAGAUUUGUUUAAAAAAAAAUAAUAUGGAAAAAGAGCGUCAUGGUUGGUGAAAUAGGCAACGAAUUUCAGAUUGUUUAUCCUCGAUGAAGGAUUCGAAUUGCUAAUAUUCGUUCUGCAAGAAUGUGGCUUUUAUAAUGGUGAACCUGAUCAUUUUCAAAAGAGGCUACGAAAGCUACUAGACAGAAAUUUAUGGUGAUAAGAAUCAAAAGUACAAAAGGCAGAAAACGAUAAAUAAGUGCUAAAACAUAUUUAUGUCAAUGACUUCAAGUUUGCUAAAUAAAGCCGCAGUGUUUGCUAGAAGGUGAGCUUUUGCUAGAAGCCGCACCAUGGGCUUUUGCAAAAGGUAAAUACAGUUUUAGCCUGUGUUGCAGCCGGCUAUAGAGUGUUUUCACAUGACGUCACGGCGGCCAUAUUGGUGUCCCAAAACAAUUAAACGGCGGCCAUGUUGGUGUCCCCAGCCAGUCCUGUGGGAGUUGAACUCCUUUCUUAUGCAAACGCUUUCUUUUGUUCCAAUAAAUUUGCAUAGAUGCUGGCCACGUGAGUGAAAACACUCUAUACAGUUGGUUUAGACUGUCUGCGACACAAGCUAAUUCUCGCGGGCGGAGCGAAUUUACCUCGCGUGUAGAACGCGCAUGAAACAGACUCUUCGCAGACGUUUUUACGGCUUUGUAGGUCGCGGGAUAUGCAGACCUUCAAACCCUAGUAAACCAAGCAAAUCUGGAGUGUUUGAAAAAAAAAAACACCCAAAAACCUGGAGACUGGGACCUCAAACCAGGCCUCAGUUGUUCAAAAGCUGGAUAGGGCUAUCCACCGGAUAAAUCACUAUCCAGCGAAUAAGUAUUAGGGAAACCUGAACUGGGCUAUCCAAUGGAUAAAGAUUUAUUCGGUGGAUAUAGCGCUAUCCAACUUUUCAACAGCCGGGGCAUGGAGAUUUCGAAAAUGUGUGCCAAAUAAAACCAAAAAGGCAGAUUAUUUUUGUCGUGAUAUUCUUUACUCUAUUAGCGGUGUCGUUAUACUGUCUUAGUGCUCUACUAGUAGUAAUGAGAAGAUUCUGUUUUAAUCAUAAGAGCUUUCCCUCAGACCUUAGCGAACCUAUGUUUUACGGGAAUGAGGUUGUAAUUUGACGCUGGCUCUCCCCCAAUUAAUGCAAAAUUAGAUUGAUACAAUAUUCGCCCAGUAUGAAGAGGAUUUUUUUUAAAAUAACGCGGUUUCCACCGGAAUUGUCUGGCAACAGUGAGAUUUGGAGGCUAAAUCGUGAGACCGUAAGUCGACUGCCCAAACCGUGAGAGUUGGAGGUCUGGAUAUGUUUGUCUGCUGAAAGUGUGUUUCAGUUCGGCUUGUUACCGACAAAACCUCGCUUUUCCUGAAAUCUGUUCCUUUGAAUUAAUGUUACGCCGAGAGUUGACCUAUGGGUUAAAGAGUCAUGAAUGAAACACACACACACACACUUUAUUAACAAUUGUGACAUACACUAAUUAAAUGCAGAUUGUAUACCUUGGACACCUAGCUUAGCCUGCGAAGCGCAGACGCAUUUCCGGUCGUCGCUGCGACGACCGGAAAUGCGUCUGCGCUUCGCAGGCUACACCUAGCUAUGCUUGUUAAAAUAUUGACGCUAUAGUCCGGGAAAGGAUUGAAACUAUGAUUUGCCAUGUUUGAAAGUUCUGAAAGAUCAGAAUUGUUUACCUAUUCUUUUUGCAUUUUACUCAUGAAUUGACAGUCAAUCAAAUCGGUGCCUGACGGUUUAGUUUCUGACACCUCGUGUGUGUAUACUAAAGCGAUUGUUCUUUUUAACUUCGGAGAAUUCGAGAGAAUAUACACUUUUUCAAAAAUUCUCGCGUCACCCCUCCUCGAGGUGGCAUGAAAAGAUUGUUGAUGUAAAGCGGUCAUUAUUUUUUUUUCAAGAAUCCUCUAAAUCAUGAAAAACAUUACAUGUAUUUUUGUAAUCGAAGUACCGAAAGAACCGAAAGUCAUGAAGCCAGUUGCUUACUGGAAACUCACCUAAUCGAUGGGCAAGCGGAUUAGGCUUCAAAGAAAAGGUGCGAGAAACAGUGAUGCUACUGUUGAAAUUCGACCUAAUCAACUUUUCAGCGUGCCUAUUAUUAUUUCGCAAGCUCCCUGUAUAGGUUAUUCUGACCGCUUAUAAUUUCUCCAAACAAACCUCUUUAUCUUGAAGACAGGGAAAUAAAGAAUUUCUAGUAUAGUUUUAGGUUCCCUACGUUCUUGUUUUAAGUAAUAAUAAUAAAAAUAAUCAAGCUAACACCCAAUGGCAAACUUUCAGGGCCUUGUGGAGUUCAAAGUCCUUCCUUCAAGGUACAUACUUCUUUAUUUAUACUAACUAGCAUUGUAUAGUGCUCUUCAAUAAUCUUCCUAAUUAUUUUUGUUAUUUUUUUAAGGCGCAAUGUUAAGUGAGAUGCGUGUUGUCCAGGUAGAGUCACCAAGAUCCCUAUUUACGUCAUUGAAAAAUAAGGAAAACUGCUUCUGCACUUGUUUUUCCCGAUUCAGGGUUACUACUGUCACUCGGGCUGGAUAUUGAUUGCUCGGUUCUCCAAUAACGACGGCAAAAACUGGAUGAUUGACAGUGGUGACUGGUGGUAUGACCGACGUUAUGCUUCUGGAGCAACGUCUGAUCCGUCAGUUAACGCUGACAUGAUCUCCCCUGCAUUUUGGCUGCUGAAAGGCAGAUACUUCAAAAUCACGCGCAGUGAUGACUCCAGUCACAAGCCACUGUUGCAAACCAGGGGCAACUGUUUGGGUGGAAAAACAUUCCGAUCAAAAAUCACAAGUUAUGGCGACUUUAGAAAUGGCAAGGUGUGGUCCAGUGACAGGUGCCUGGAAAGCUGCAGCGUUUAUUAUGGUGGACAGUUCGCGACAACAGACGGGUUUCAACAGGUUCGGUGCAGUAGCACGAUCCAAGCAAACUUCAAGAUCGGCUUCUGGUGUGACUUUCGUGGUGAUGGAUCGGUGAUGAUGAUUGGUGGAGGAGGUGGCUGUAACCGUGCUGAUCACGGGAUUGGAAUAACAGAAGCAGACGGUGCUUCUUUUGUUGAUCCCGGUGGAAGUGAAACUGAAUAUGACUUUGGAUAUGACGCUAAUACGGGGAAUGCUCCAACCCAGUCCUACUCACUGAACUUGUGGAUCCGCUAA